UCCGGCGUCCUUAGAGCGAAACGACUCACUGUUGCUAUGGUUACAGUGCUAGAUAGAUAGAUAGAUAGAUAGAUAGAUAGAUAGAUAGAUAGAUAGAUAGUUUAAACUCUGUAUGGACAUUGUUUCUCGUUUGUUUCGAAGCGUGAGUGAACAUGUCCAUAGUAGCGAAGCGAUGUGGAGUGAAAUUUGUCCCCCCUUCCAUCAUCCUCAUAUAUGAGAACACAAACAGCAGCAAGAUGAGGAAAAGAGUCAUACCUGUGAGGAACUUCUCUCAGUAUUCAGACUGUAGUCGAGCAGCGGAGAGACUGAAGCAUCACGUGCGUCACAGCGUGUAUCUGGAGUCGGUUUCUCUGGCUCAGCUGGAAAGGCUUCACCUCAUACUGCGCGAUCAUCUGAAGGGUCUCAGUCUGGAGGAGAGUCUCGCCGCCCAGCGGGUGUCCGGCGCCAGCGACGAGGACCUGAAUAAACUGAGCGAUGACGAGCUGAACCGCAGGAAGGCCCAGAUGGACCAGCUGUUCCAGCGCAACCGCAAACACAAGGAGGAUCCGGACUUCGUGUACGACCUGGAGGUGUUUCCAGAGAACAGCGUGCGAGAGACGUGCAGCUGGGAUGAAGAGCAGUCCGAUGAGGAGUUUUAGAGGAUCGGACGCACUGGAAGGGAUUUCAGACUCAUCCAGAGUGAACACACAUGGAGAACUGGUGCAUUAUGGGGCUUCUGUUGAAGUCUGAUGCUGAACUAUACAUUUGCUGCUACAUGUUGUUUAAGGUCACUUCCUCUAUGGUAAACAUUAUUAUAGCAUCGAUCAUAUUAAAAAUAUUUAAAUUAAUAAAAAUAAAAAAAAAUGGAGGACAUUGAAACCCUAAGCCUCAAUAUUUUUUAGAACUUUGUAAAAAAAAAUAUUAUCAACUUUUAGUCGUACCAAAGUUAAAUUAGCUUCUAGUUUUUGUUUAGUUUAGGUUGAAGUACUAAAAGUCAAAUAAAAAUGAUUACAAACUAAACAGACAUACUGUAUUUAACAAUACAAUUACUACAGCUUUAAAACUAAAAUGGAAAGAGAAAAUAUAAAAAUCAAAUAUUCUGAAUUAAUAAUUAAACAUUCAAAAUAGUAAUGAGUAUAAAGAUAGAAGACAACUAAUUAUAAAGACAGA